AUGCCCACCGUCUCCCCAUACCCAUAUCGCCCUGUGCACCAGCGCAUCCUGAGUACGCGCAUCGAUCCGCAGCCGUCUUCGCUCCUAUUCAAGAAACUACCCGCAGAGGUCCGGUUCAACAUAUUCUGCUACGCCUUGAGCGACUAUCCAAACCCGGAUCCCAAAAAAGCUUACGAGUCGUGGUCCUGCUACACACGCCCCUCAUAUUUCGCACCCCGAAAAGCCGAAACGGCCUUGGUCCUGACAUGCAAAGCCAUCUACAGCGAGUGCUGGUUCCUCCCCUUCCGCCUCUACGAGCAGGUCCAUUAUGCCGUGGCGAAUAGAAAUCGUGCCCCGCCAGGAUACGAAUUCUCCCGACAAUUGACCCGGCUAGAACUCAGCCUCCAGAGCAUGAGGGAGCGGGAGCAGCAGCCAGUUCUGAUCUCUAACCUUCGUGUGUUUGCACAGAUGUGCAUGCUCGAACAGGGCGCUCUGGCCAAGGUACUGGCCGUUCCAGAGCUUAACCCUUCCAUUGUGACGUUGACCAUCCGACACACCGACUGGUGGAACUGGGAGCAUGAUCAGCCGCUCACCUUCAGUGGGAGCUGGCUUGAGGGGGUCUCCCAGGUCAUGCCACCCAGUGUCCGCGAGUUGAACAUCGAGCUCGAAUCGGUGGAUCGAAAAAGAUACCAGGUUGAUGAGAUCGCGAGGCAAAUGAUGGAAAAGUGGUUCUUCCGCAGGACGGACGGUGUUGCUCUGUACGCCUUUCGGCAACAGGAAAGUCAUUGGAGAGGCACAAGCCGGUGGGAACGCCUAAGAUGGGUGCGCGACGAGAUACUCGAGGGUGUCAUCGACUUUUACGUUGCAACUCUGACCUUUCUCCCUGAGACUCGGCUUCAGCGACACCAGACCAGUCCGGUUGCUCGAGAAAACGCAAUCAGCACUCCUGUAGACCAGGACCAGCUCAUGCUCAGCAAUUCGGUUUGGAAAAUAAGAAGCACGGAGCGCCCCCCAUUCAUGACUGAAAAAGACCAGAUGAGGCACUACAGACAGAUAUGGAGAAACCGCCCGGACAUCCAACGUUCAAGGGGGGGCAUCAGAGGACCCCCGCGCUUCUACCAGCAAAUCAACAGAACCCCUUCCUAG